AUGGAGAUAUCGAAGACAUAUAACAACAACAAUUUCCCGCUGGAAUUGAAAGAUGUUGAACAGCAUACAGCUGAAAUUUUAAUGAAAUAUUUCACUGGUGAACACACCGGCUUUGUGCGCGUGGGACCCAAGGGAUACUUCCUUCCGCAUAAAUACAAGCAAGAGGCCUCAAACAUCUACAACAUGGAAGUGAGAUCGAGUGAUAUUUUCGUCGCCAGCUAUCCCCGAUCAGGCACCACUUGGACUCAAGAACUGGUUUGGAUGGUGGCCAACGACUUGGACUAUGCGACGUCUAACUCUAUACCUCUCACCGAACGAUAUCCAUUCCUGGAAUUUUCAGUGUUUGUGCACCCCGUUAUGAAGAAACGUUUCUAUAUGGAGAAUCGUGACAGUGAAAGGAAAAUAAAAUUGCUAGAACUGUUGGAUACAGCCAAAGUCGUCUACGUGGCCAGGGACCCCAGAGACGUUGCAGUCUCCUUCUAUCAUCUUAACAGAGCUAUGAGGACGCAGGGCUAUAUUCACGAUUUCAAAACUUACUGGAAAUUCUUCGUAAAUAAUUUACAUCAUUGGACACCUUAUUUUGAACAUCUGAAAGAGUCAUGGGAGCAGAGACAUCACCCCAAUAUGUUGUUCCUAUUUUACGAAGAACUUUCCAAGGACCUACCGGCAGCAAUACGUCGAGUCGCAAACUUCCUUGACAAGUCUUUCACAACAGAACAAAUAGAAAAGUUAUGCGAGCAUCUCAGCAUAGAGAACUUUAAAAAUAAUAAGUCUGUUAACUAUGACGUGAUGAAAGAGCUGGGAAUUUUAAUAUCAGACGGACAGUCUUUUAUUAGGAAGGGAAAAACCGGUGGCUGGCGCGAUUAUUUUGAUGAAGAAAUGACACAACAGGCGGAUAGGUGGAUUGCCGAAAAUCUCUCUGACACCGACCUCCGCUUUCCCCAUAUGACUGAAACG